UGCCUCAGCAGCAGCAUCUCAGCUUUCUCUUCCGUCAGAUUUUGGUUUAGUGGAUAUGGCUAAGUCGAAGAACCACACAGCUCACAAUCAGUCUUACAAGGCUCACAAGAAUGGCAUCAAGAAGCCCAAGAGGCACCGCCACACUUCUACCAAAGGGAUGGAUCCAAAGUUCUUGAGGAACCAGAGGUAUGCGAGGAAGCACAACAAGAAGAAUGGAGAGUCUGCCACCGAGGAAGAGUAAAUUUUAAUGGAUUUAGUGUUUUCUAGUUACGGCUGUUUCACUUUCUUAUAUGGGAUUUAGUGUUUACUGAGCUUUAGUAGCUGUAUUACAUUUUUAUUUUGGUGGAUUGUUGAUUACAUAUUUGCUAGAAAAGAUUUGAAGUUGUGAGCUUAUUAAAAUCAAGAACAUGCUUUGAGCUUAUUUAC